AUGGUGUGGGUAGAGUCGAUAGAAGGCUAUCCCUUACUGUUUAGAGCGUUUUUGGAUCAAGGUUCACAAGUUUCGUUCAUUUCAGAGAAUGCAGCUCAGCAGCUACGUUUACGGCGCAAACAGGCUCACAUCACGAGUACUGGAUUAGCAGAUACAAAAAUUACAGAUGCGGCAGCAGAGGUGGAGCUAGUCAUAAGAUCAAUCUACAACACACAUGCGAAAUUCAAGCUGCUCGCGUCAGUAAUACCUCUAGUGAGUAAGCGCAUGCCAAUCAAACGACUGCCGUUUGAAGAGAGGACUCAUCUGAAGGGCUUACCGUUGGCCGACCCUAACUUCUUCAGUCCACAAGGAGUUGAUAUUUUGCUGGGAAAUGACGUCUACGAUGAGCUGAUGUUAGGAGAAGUGCAUCGAGGUAUACGUGGUAUGCCUCUGGCGCAAAAUACGCAUUUGGGAUACAUUGUAUCAGGAAAAACGAAUCAAGAAGCUGGUUGGAGAUCGUCCUACACCAUAACGGUACGAAAGAAGGAAGCUGAUGAGAUACUUGAACAAUUGUUAUGUAAGUUUUGGGAGCUAGAACAAUUCGACGAGGAGCCACGUGGGGUUUCAGUAGAGGAUAACUGGUGCGAAGAUUUCUUCGUUAAGACACAUAGCCGAAUGCCACGGUUGCGUACCGAUGCGAGUUUGAAGAACGCUUAUGUUGGCACGAUAAAUGAGUAUCUGGAGCUGGGUCAAAUGGAACGUGUAACGUCACGGGCUAGUAAGACGGGCAAUCCUGCAUUGGGGGGAGUCGAUCAUUGUUACCUACCGCAUCACCCAGUCAUAAAGGAAUCGUCAUCAACUACGAAGGUACGAGUUGUCUUCGAUGGAUCGAGCAAGACGAGUAAUGGAAAAUCACUUAAUGAGAUUCUAGCAAUAGGUCCAAAAUUGCACGUACAUCUUCAAGGAAUCAUUCUCAAUUGGCGAGGGCUAAAAUGGGUAUUUAUGGCGGAUGUUGAAAAAAUGUACAGAUGUAUUAAUAUUCCAACCGACGACGCGCAGUACCAACGUAUUCUAUGGAAUCCGGACACUAGUGAUUAUGUGGCAGAAUAUGCCUGCACAAGGGUGAUGUUUGGAACGAGCUCUGCACCUUAUUUAGCCAUUAGAGUUAUGAAACAAUUAGCUAUGGAUGAAUGCGAGAAGUAUCCACUGGCGGUGGAUGUUAUAAAUCAUCAAAUGUAUGUAGAUGACAUACUGUCUGGUGGCGACAGUAUUGCAGAAACGGAGAAUGUCAAGAACCAAGUGAUUGGAAUGCUUCGUAGUGGUACAUUCGAACUACGGAAGUGGGCGAGUAAUUGCCCAAAGCUAUUAGAGAACAUACCAGUUGAGCAUCGAGAAUCAAGCGGAUUGUUAAACAUGGAGGGUAAUGAUACUAUUCGCACUUUAGGUCUAUACUGGAGUCCCAAAGAAGACGAGUUCCGUUUUGCUUUGCAUCUCGUUCCGCCAAUGAGCUCACCUAUAAAGAGGACAAUACUAUCAGCAAUUGCACGACUGUUUGAUUCCAUGGGAUGGCUUAGUCCGAUAAUGAUUACUGCCAAAAUUCUCAUGCAGCAACUGUGGAAGGAGAAAAUUGGCUGGGAUAGCACACUACCGGACACUAUUUAG